ACCACGAGUUUUCAAAGGUAAUGGCCAAUGGCUCUGCAAUCACGGCCGCCAAUUCCUUUAGCACUCUUGGAUGCAAUGCGUAUAUUAAUUGCUCAUCCUGUUCUAUGAAUUCUUUUCAAUUUUUUACUCCUGUCAGCUACUUGGAGUGAUCAACAGGACAUGAUUUUCACACCUUUCAGCUUCAUCUAUUCCUCAGCUCCACUGCGUAUAUUAAGACCUGGAUAUAACAAUGAGUUAAGGUGUCAUUUUCUCAGAGCACUCUCUCUCUUAUGGUUUCACAGAAGGAAGAUGCCAAUAGUUUGUGCUGUCUAGAUUUUAAAUGUGACUUCAAAACAGAGGAAAUCAUUAAAGUUGAGAUUUGCCAAUAUUUUUGGGAGACCUAACCCUUUCCGCCGACAUUUACUUCUUCAAUGCCUAGCGAACUUUAAAUAUUCCUAAACAAUUUCUGUCUCUCAAAUGAAGGAGGUAAUGAAUGGCAAGUGCACUGUCUGACCAAUUGGAGGUCUUUUCUGUACCACUGUGGAAUUGUGGUUCACCUUCUUCAAUUACAGAAAUUAAAAUAUGACAAAAUGCCUGUAUGUCAGGGGUGGUCACUUUCACGCACACACAAAAAGAAAGAAAGAAAGAAAGAAAGAAAGAAAGAAAGAAAGAAAGAAAGAAAGAAAGAAAGAAAGAAAGAAAGAAAGAAAAAGGAAAUGUGGUAAAAGAACUAGAAAACAGCAAGAAGAACAGAAAGAAAAAUUCUGAAACCUUCAAGAAGGAAAAUCUUGUAAACAGAAAAUGAUCAAAGAAACAUUCUCCAACCAAAUACUUAAAUUCCGAGACAAAAAGGAAAGACACAGCAGUCUACCUAGGACCCUCAACGAACUCCAGGCUCAAGGUUCCACACAAAGCAAAGGAGCGUAUAGACAUCAUCAUGACCACCAGGUUUUUGCUGCACAUUUGCCUCAUACUGCUCUUCUCCACUGAAAUCUCAUCUCGGCUCUGUACCAUGCUUCACUUCCAGCAGAACAAAGUGAACAAAGAGAGCUUAGAGCUUCUGCAGAAAAGCAGCGGAAAUUUCCCCUCACAAUGCAUAAAUGAAAGGGCAGCUUUCAAGCCCACCCAGGAUAUUGUCCAACUUUCAGUGGCCCAGAAGGAGAAUGCCAAGGUGGUAAUUCAAGAGAUCCUCCAAGAGAUCUUCAACAUCUUUACCAAAAACCUCACCCAAAGUGCCUGGGAUGCCACUUCCAUAGUCAGGUUCCAAAAUGGCCUUUACCAGCAAAUUCAGCGGCUGGAGGCAUGUUUGAGAGCACAGAUGGAGAAGGAGUUAACCAACCCGGAAAGUCAGGACCUCCAGAUCACCAGUCGGAGUGUGAAACAAUACUUUCAGGGGAUAGAUGCUUUCCUGAAAGAAAAGCAAUACAGCCUGUGUGCCUGGGAGAUCAUUCGCAUGGAAAUACCCCGAUGUUUUGUACUGAUUGACAAACUCACUCGACGGCUGAGUAACUAA